GGGACGGCCUGGGUCCGGCUUGGCCUGCAGUGCGCCGAGGACGCCGCGCGAGCAUGUACCGGCUGCUGAGCCCGAGUCUGGGCCGAGGCCUCCUGCGGGCCGCGGGGCGGCGGUGCCGGGACUGCUCGGCGCGCCUGCUCCUGGGGCCGGCAGGAGGCCCCGCGCCUGAGGUGGGGGUGCCGGCAUCCCGAGUCGCGCCGCGCGGCCGGGGCCCGGGCCUGCUGCCGCUGCUGGCAGCGCUCGCCUGGUUCUCGAGGCCCGCUGCGGCAGAGGAGGAGGAGGAGGAGCGGCAGGGAGCGGGCGGGGCCGCCGCCGAGGGCGCGGUGGACGAGACCGAGGCCGAGAUCAUUCAGCUGCUGAAGCGAGCCAAGUUGAGCAUCAUGAAAGAUGAGCCAGAAGAGGCUGAGCUAAUUUUACAUGACGCUCUUCGUCUUGCCUAUCAGAGCGAUAACAGGAAGGCCAUCACUUACACUUAUGAUUUGAUGGCCAACUUGGCAUUUAUACGGGGUCAACUUGAAAAUGCGGAAAAACUUUUUAAAGCAACCAUGAGUUACCUGCUUGGAGGGGGCAUGCAACAGGAAGACAAUGCGAUAAUUGAAAUCUCUCUAAAGUUGGCCAGUAUCUAUGCUGCUCAAAAUAGACAGGAAUUUGCUCUUGCUGGCUAUGAAUUCUGCAUUUCAACCCUAGAGGAAAAAAUUGAAAGAGAAAAGGAAUUAGCAGAAGACAUUUUGUCAGUGGAAGAGAAAGCCAACACCCACCUCCUCCUUGGCAUGUGCUUAGACACCUAUGCCCGCUACCUUCUGUUCUCCAAGCAGCCGGCACAGGCACAGAGGAUGUAUGAAAAAGCUUUGCAGAUUUCUGAAGAAAUACUAGGAGAAAGACACCCACAGCCGACUUCAAGUCCUCUGUCACUCGGGGCUGUCUGCCGUUUCGGUCCUGCCGAGGUGGACGUCCUCCCUCCGAGACGGUUGGCUCCAUAGGUAAGCCCGCGAGAGUUCUGUCCUCUCGUUGUUCUCAACUAAGAAACAGUCCUGGACUUUCUCUCCCGUUCUGAACUCCAGGUGGUGGCGGAUGGCAUAGGAAAACACAUACGCACUGCGAGGAGGGGGCGAGGGGGGAGCACCACUCACUCUCGGGUCCUCAAGGAGAGCUGUGCCAGUAACAAGCUGGGCUCUGAGCCGGCUACUCUCAAAGACUGUGCUGACUUGGAAUAGCUCAAGACCUUCAGGGUCAUGGAAAAAUAAUCAUGAUCUCUUUUGGGUCAGCUGACACAGAUUAUUAACAAAGUCUCAGACAUUACGAGCAGAAAACUGUCAAUUAGAACAUUUAGUUACGGUUUUUCACGCACGUGAAAAUUUUACGUAUAUCAUCAAGUGGUGCCAGCUUUCCAAGUGGAAGGAAUCUGAUCACUAAACCUGCUCUCAAGUUUACUGUGAGGACUUCAGGUCUAAGACACGAGUAGAAUAGUAACAAGAGUGAAGGCCUUAACCAUGCAGGCAAAGGACUGAGCCUGUGUCCUCAUUAUUAAAAUCGGGAUCAGACACGAAUGCUGAGGGUGAUGCCAGGAUCUCGUUACAAAGGAGGCAGUCAGUGGUUCCCAUACACCUGCUUUCUGUAGAGGCUUGCAUACUUUUGUUAAAAAGUUGAGAUCUACUUAGAAGUCCAUGAAGUGCUCACGUGUAUCAUCCUGAGAGACCUCUGCCUCUCCCCUUUCUCACCUUCAGUGGCAUCCUUCCAAAACAGUAUCCACGUGCCGCUGAAGGAUGCUGCAGCACUAUGAAGUCGUAAAAUAAAAUAAUCUCACAGUUCGAUAAGCAAUUAUUAAGGGUGAAACUGACCCCUUCAUAAUUAUUUGCUCCUUGAGAUUUGGUGAAAGAUUCACCAGUAAACUCUUGCCCACGAGGAAUCACAGGGAGAGUAAGUGUAAGCACUGGCACAUGGGGAAAGGGAAGUGAGGCUUCGGGAUACACAGCACAAGGCAAAGCUAAGAGUCAGAUUCUGUACGGAUCGUUAGCUUCUAACUCAACCGAUAAUACAGAGCAACCCACUCCUCUGAAACCUGAGACAUCAAGAGCCUUGAAUCACACAUGAUCUAUGUGGCUAUGGACAGGGUAGUCCAAUUUAUUUCGAAACAAAAGCUCUGUUGGGCUGCAUCAAAUGCAGGAGAAAAAGAAUAUUUAGGGCCACGGUUAAGUUACCAGUGUGCAUAACAGUGAGGUAUGCCUCAAAUAAGCCUUUUGUUUUUAAACUUUAAAAACUGAACUAUAACAUACCCAUGCAGUAAUAUUUUUCAGUGCCACUAAUUUAAAAAAAAAAAAAAAAAAAAUUAAAGCCUGCACUGGAAAUUGACAGUAUGGCAGAAUUUUGUUUCUCCUACCUUUGACCCAAAAACGUAAUGUACAGAUUUUAUAUAGGGUCUGUGUUAAAAAUCUAAACAUUUCCACAAGAUUUUAAACAUCGCUGGAAAUCUGAAUUUAGAGGAAACAAAAUUGGAUGAAAGUACAAUGCCCGUGACAGCCAACAUUAUGUAACUGGGCUGUAUGAGGUUGUUGAGAAGGCAAGGGUUAAAAAGAUAGGUGCGAUGUUUUUUUGUUUUAAAAUUACCCCCCCGAGUUGAUGCGCUGAUUUGAACAUAAGUACACCAGAUACUACAGCAAGGGGAAACACUGCAAAAAAGGUAAUCUAUUUACAGAAGAGUGAUUUAAAGACAUUAUGGUUUUCUUUACAAACAGAUGUAAGAACAAGAAUUGUCACUUUUUAAAAACUCUACAUUUCAACCCUCCACUAUUAUUAUAAUCCACCGAACUGCCUGUGUCAGAGGCAGUCCCCCCGUCCCUCCCCCCCCCCCCCCAUUUGACUCUCCAAAUAAAUUUCCAUCAUUUCUUCAUCAUCUGCGGUCCAGGCUCUCUUAAAAAGUCUCUGGGCACAAGUCCUAGGACGAAAGGCUUUUGACCUGCCAUUAAAAAUGAAACCGCCAAGAACGAGAGCUCCCUGUCCCGCUCCCUGUCCCACACCCUGGCCCCACCAAGACCCCUUCUGGGCGCGGUUCAGUCAUCGCUAUCCGACAGCGUCUCGUACUGUGCAGAGAGCAGCGGGGCAGGCUCUCGCUCCCAGAUCCUGCUCUGCUGGUGAGGAGCCGCUUGGUUCACGGAGGACGGGGCACACGCGAUCGGGGUCGGUGGCGUACUGCUGAGCAUCCGCAUAGUCAGAGGGUUGUAAGGAAACUGAGUCGAGCCUGACAAAAGAAAAACUGUUUUCACUGUCAUGAGCACAGCUGCUGUUCCCUACAGCUUCCACGGGGUGGAGGGAGACACGAUUAUUCUAUUGAAAUGGUCUUGUGACACCGGGAGCAGAAUGAAACACAGAAGGGCCAGGGUUUCACCAUGCAGACUGUAGCCUAUGGUAAGGCACCAAUCGGUGAGAAUCUAGAAGGGACGGAGGACACGAGUAAGUGCAAGCUUAGGGUUGCUAAGUCCGGAAGUGGAAGCUCAGGGCUGAACUUUCAGUGAGUUCUAGAACCAGGUGUUUCCAUGGAGAAUCCAAGUAAAACUGCAUAUUAAGCUCGAAGAGUCUGGUUGCACCAAGAACUCCUGGACUCUUAAUGAUAAAUGCAGCAGUACGUGCUCAGAGGACGAGGGGACAAGGAAUUGCAGCAGGUCACAGGGCAGCAGGAUGCAGGUCAGCUGCUGGGUCUCUGGGCAGAUUUAAAAGGUACAAGAUCUGGAAGAGGGUAUGUGAACCUAACGACAGCACUGCUACCUCCUGCCACUUUCUAGAUUGGUCUCAACUGUCCCCAGAAAGCCUCUUACAGCUUAAGAAACUCUAAAGACAGAAAACAUAGCCAUUUUACCAAGGGAUUUCACAAAUUAAAUUCCUUCCCUAAGAGAGGAAACAAUCACUGGUUUAGAAGUUGUCAAACUAGAGCACAAUCACUUCGCAUGUGAUGUGAGCUUUAUGAAGCAAAGGCCUUCAGUUAUGCUGACGAUAUCCAUAGAAAAUUUAUAUGUAAAUAAGGGGGAGAGCACAUUUCAGACAUUUUCCACUGACGUACAUGUAUUUAACUCCUAAAAGAUGGCUCACGAUUCUCUGAAACCCUUAAAUCUACACCAGGUAAUCCCAGUUUUAUUUAAACCACAAAAAAGCAAAGCCUGUUCCCUUUCAAGACAACCAGUAUUGUGGUUAUUAGAUUUGAGAAGAAAGCUUACGAGCAAGCAAGCACAAAAAGGAAAACAUUCAUAAAUACCCUAGAACACGGUUUUUCAUCAGUUUAUAUAAAUAUAAGUGAGCCUGCAAUAGAGAUGGCUUUUUACACUAUCUCCGUUUCUUAUUUUGAUUUCUUAAUAUUUCCCGAAGAACCUUCUCUAAGAAUGUCUAUAGAGAGGCUAAGGGUGAAGCCUGGGAGCGGCCCUUCGCUCUCAGGUGUGGUUCCCGGAAGAACUGAAAUCACAGACUUCGUGGCUUUGCAAAUAGCAGGUGCUGGCUCCCAGCACAAUACAGAAGUAGGGGGAAUGGAGAUGUUUUCAUAGCUCUUCCUUUGUUCAUGGUAAUCAGACCUUACGUUCUGUAAAUUUUUAGGAUUCCAUGCAUUCAGUGUCUGUUUUGGAAAGUGGAAUCCUACUGAUACAAUAAUGGAAAUUGAGGUUUCCAAAGUUUGAUUUUAGAAGUACUAGCCAAGGCUUUGAUAAAAAAGGACUUUACGACUCCUUUUCUAGCAGUAAGUUCCUCACCUGUUGAGGAGGGCCUGUCUUCCCAGGCCCACCCUGGUGUCUGCCUGUGGUAAUCCCCUUCUGAAUGUACAGAGGAGACGGAAGAGGGCCUUUCAGUUCCUAAGAAGCCUUGCCCAGGGAUGGGAGAUUUAGAUUUCCUGCUGUUUGACUUGCUGAUCAGCUUUGGUUUGCAAACUCCUCCUAAAAGUGAAAUAAAUUAACUCUUGACAUAUAGUAAUUAUGUUCUCAACUUAAAAACCUACCCAAGUGCUGAUGGGUUAUAUGCCGCUGAGAGAAAGCGGGAGGAUGGCAGGUGGUGUGAAGAACCCAGAUCCUAGGACCCAGUGAAGUUUCAAAGUUAGUACUUUUAAAAGCCAGAAUUUACUUGUAGCAACUAAAGCAAAAGGGGUAUGUCCUCAUGCCAUCAACUUGAAAAACAUGUAACCAAGGAAAUUUAAUUUCUGAGAGGAACAUCAUUUCUUUCCGGGUCUUGGAGCACAGAAACUAAGGAAAUUAAAGCAGGUUGACGAAAACCUUAAAUCCUAACUACCUCCUUGCCUGCCAGUUUAAAGGGAAGCAGAGGAAUCUGUACACCACCCCAAGGAAAUUUUAUGCCAAAAAGCGUGGAACAGAAGCCCCUUCGUGGCCAUGCUACUGGUCCCCAGCAGAAGCUCAGCAAGUCUUGGCGGCCUGUUGUUCCAGGCUGCGGUAUACAGAAGUUCACAGGAGUGGGAUGCCCGACAGGGCUCUAGAGCAAAGCAUGGAAGUGAUGUCUGAAGAGAACAGAGCCCAGGUGAGCAGCAGACGUGUUCCACUGCCUCGCAGAACCUGAGACCUCACCCUGCCCCGAGUCCCACGGCGCCCAGAAAAAAGCGGGUAGAAGGCAACUUCAACCCCUUCAACUACCUGCACAGAAAAGAAGUGCAAGUCCUUGAUGGUCAGGAAGAGAACAGAAUGGGACGAGGGGAAAAGAUGCUUCUGGAAGAGAAACUUCAAAAUACACAAAGCCAGUUUGGGCUCCUUUGGUAAAGAACAGAUCAUCAUCAAAAAGGAGAGGUGAAAAGCUUAGGAAACAAAAUACGGCAAGGAUCAGAACAGACACGACAAAAAGGGCGUUAGCACGAAAGGAAAAUGUGAGCUAGAGUAAAAGCAACAGAUGAAGAUGACUGAAAUAAUUAGAUUAAGAUGACUAAAAUAACUAGAAGGUAACAGAUCUGGAGGACAAAGACUAGCUGGCAAAAAUGUAAUUGUGUUUUUUCAGAUGGAUAAGCCCAACAAAAGAGGCAAAAUAGAACAUUUCCAGGAGUGUAGAAAUCAACCUGCAGGUGCAAACAGCCUCCCUGUGGUCAGGAAAGUCUGACACGGCACGAACGCCAACAUACUAAUUAACUUAUUCAAAUUGAGGCAAAGAGGCUUCAGGCAGAUAAAGCUGUCACCUGCCAAAAAAGGGGACAUCUGGCCGCCUUCUUACACAACCAUUGACGCCAGGUGGGGGAAAUGUAAUAGUGUCUAUGGAAUGUUUUGAGAAAGGUGCCACACUGUCCUUUCAAGUAUCAAAGCAGCAAGAAGACAUUCUUGAGCGGGAACAGUCUCGGAGGACAGCAGCCUCUGAGAGAAAAGGGAGUGUGAAAACAGUACCAAAAAGAAAGGUCUCAACAGAAGGGGUACGUGACCAGGAUUGCUUGAAGUGGGUGACCGUCACCAAUGUUACCACCUUCAAAUACACGCACAGGUAAAUCAAUACAAAUCAGGAGGUAAGAGCAGAAAGGGGAAGACUGUGCUCAUCCUUCAGAGCAGGAAGUGAAUCCACGUUGCCAUAAAAUACACGUGGGUGUAAAUAAAUAAGAACCUCUGAUCUCUUUGAUCUUCUUCACCUUAGUGAGAUCUUUUGCUUGAGGAUAACAGGAAAAAACCCUAAACUAAACCUGAAAUACCGCUGACCUGCCAGUAAAUUUUUAAGCAUAAGAGAUCCUAGUUCUCAAAGAUUAAGAAAAAGGGGUUUCAAAGCUUAGAAUCACAGUUUUUUGUGUGCUUGCUUUUACCAGGACGUAUGAAUGACUGGUUCUGAUGUCUAUCUGGCCUUUUAUGUGUCCAUACAGAGAUACUUCUAAAAUGAUGCUUAUCAGACAAGAACACUAGCUUUCUGGAUGAUGUGAUCUGAAGGGUUUGUUUUUUUUCUUCUUCUAUGGCUUAAAAUUCUUUUAUGCUGAGCCUGUUCUUUUUAUUGCAAUAGUAAGUCCCUUUUAUUCAAAAACAGAAAGGAACCUGCACUUGUAUUACAGUUAAAAUGUGUCGAUCCAGAUAAGGACUAGAUGCAAAGAAAAAAACCCAACACUCAAAGGUGACUUCUGCAUAAAAAUCUCCGUCCUUUUAAAAUUUCUGUUCGUGGUUACUAAAAUGUCUGAGCGGGUAAAAAAAAAAAACAAAAACAAAAACAAAAAACUAAGUAAAACCGUUAGAGGGGA